AUGACACCACGCCACCAGACAAAGAAAUGGGCAACAUUGGAAAAGCUUCCUCGAGCCGAAGCUGAAGACGGCGAAGAAGCAGCAGAAUCCUCAAAAACACUGUCACCAAGUUCAGACCCCGACGAAUCCUCGACACCUUUCACCAGCUUCGUGACCUCAUUUAUCUCGCGUCCACGUCAAUCUGAUGUGACUACGCCGACGCCAGAUCCAACACAAUCAGAUCCGCUAUCAACAAACUCCAUGUCUACAUCAUCCAUCAAGGCUUCCAUACAUCCAUCCCCAUCCCCAUCCUUGAGCCACAUCUGGCAUCCCACUCGAGUCGGCACCGUCGUCGCCGAAAGCGAAAUCCCUGACGCAUGGGCGGCCAAGAACCUCGACAAGACAAAACAAAUGAACGAGCUAUUCAUCGGCUGCAUGAGUCUCGUCUUCGUGCUGACUCUUGCGGGAAUCAUUGGAGUUGGAUGCUGGGAGGCAUUCUGGGACUCAGAUUUCAUCCCCAAGAAAGUCUCCAACCGGGCGAAAAGAGCAGCGGCGAAGAAGGAGAGGGAGAGGGAGAGGAUCAGGGCGCUGGAGGAUGCGAUGGAAUUGCAGAAGGAGGUACAGAGGCAGGAGGAGAUCAGGUUGAUGGAGAUGGCGGUGAAAGCGACGGGGGAGAAGAGGGAGAAGGAGAGGGAGACAGUUAGGCAGGUCGACGUGGAAACUGAGACGGAGAUAGAAACGGGAAUGGAGACAGAGAGUGAAGGGCGGUUGAGUGAGGUGGCGCCGAGUGAGGAGAGUACGGAGAGGUUGUUGGCGGGGGCGAAGUAUGCGUAA